AUGAUAAUAAUUGGGGUGUAUGCUCCUUAUGACUCCUCAGAUAAUAAUAUUAAAGACGAUUUUUACGAGGAUCUUAAUCACGUGAUAUCUGGUAUUCGAACAAGUUACGAUAUAAUCAUAGCAGGAGAUAUGAAUGGAAGAGUUAAGAGUCGAGAAAAUAAUGAAAUUGUUGGAAAGUAUGCAGAAGCGGUAGAAAAUAAUAGUGAAGAAAGGUUGCUGGAAUUAUGUAGUGAACAUCAGCUCAAACUUAUGAACACAUAUUUUCCUCAUAAAGACAUUCACCGGUUCACGUGGGAGAGGCCGUCUCUCAAUCAAAAGUCCAUUAUAGAUUAUAUUAAAGCAAGGACCAAAUCUGAGUUUCGUGUAAAUGACGCCAGAGUUAAAAGAGGGGCAAACUGCGGAACAGACCAUCACCUGUUAUUAGCCACAAUAGUGUAUCCCUUUCCCAGAAAACAAAACAAUUUAAGAUUAUCAGAACAACAAACAAAUAAUACAACAGAGAAAAUCAGUGAAAUACAAAAUAGAGUUACUUAA